GUAGAAGCAGGAAAAAUGUGCAGCACUGGAACAACAACUUCUCCUUUGCAGGGGGAGGAAGAAGCAAUAAUUCAAUCAAUCGAUGUUAUUCAGCAACAGUUAAAGAAUAACUACAUCGACGCUAGUACACUAUCGAUUAGAUAUGCUAAUAGACAACCACCAACAACCACCACAUAACUUGUUGAAAAAGAAAAUUCGACAUCAACACAAUCAUCCACUACUACCAGCAAUAAUACAGAAAAGACGACACGAUGGGCAGACAUCAUUGAACAAGAAGAAAAAGAAGCAAGAGAUUCCCAUUAUGAAGAAGACGACAGAAAAAGCAGCAAGUGGUAUGUCAUAUUCAAUGGACCAUAUCGAGGAGUAUAUCACAACUAGGCCAUCGCUAGCCAGCACAUCAAUGGCAAACCAGUCCAACAUCAGUCAUUCAAAACAAAAGAAGCAGCCGAAGAAGCAUUUAGACAGUCAUACAAGGUGAUGGCAAUGAAAGAACCAGUCAAGUUUCAAGAGCAACAAUCACAGAAACUUAUCAUGAAGAUACCCAGUAUCAAGAGCAUCCCAACCACAAAAUAAAAAGAAGAACAAUUGAAACCAGUCUUUCAAAAGUUCGUAUCCAACUGGGAUAUGAUAAUUAGUUACGAAGAAAAACACACAACCAUGGGUUUUUAUCCCGUCAGUCGAGGAGGACCCAAAACAGUAAUCACAGAAGAAGCAUCACCAGAACUUUCUUAUGAGUUCCAACAGUAUGGAUUAAUCGACACUAUCUACACUACAACCAUGAAAGUAUUUGAAUACUUUCCACAAAGAAUGAGGAACGUGAUUAGAAGAUAUCUUGAGCUUUUCGCCAAGGAACGAGAAAUAUUUCUCAAGUAUACAAGCAGCUACCCCAUAUUUGAUGAAUACAAGCUAUUGGCCAGAUCAAAGGCAGUUAUCCUUAUGGGAGUAUCAAACCGUGAUUAUCCUACCAGAGAUGACCUACGAGACUAUGAGAAGAACCCAGACUACCAAGUAAAGGGUCUUCUAGUAGUAUGCAGAGCAUUAACCAAGAUUGAACCAGUAAGUCAGAUCAAGGUCAAUUACAGCAGCCCCGAUGCCAUCAUCACCAGUAAAACUAGAGGAAAUAUGACCAAGGAAGAAUGGACAAUCAUAAUAGAUAAAACUAAAGAAUUCACUGAAAUUAAUGGAAAUCUAUCAGCUCUUCCUAUCCAAAUCAAGAAACAGCUGUGUAACGCACUUACUAUCUAUGAGGACCACUUCUGUGAAUGGUGUGCAUCAACUGACGAAGACAUCAAUGGACCAGCAGACCAAGACUGAAAGAAUCAUGUGAAGAAAGAGGAAUCAAACAAAUAUGGGAUAAAACGACAAGAGAAGGUUGGCCCACUCCUUUAAAAAAGUCGUGCAUUAUUGUAUUUUAUCAGCUUUUCUUAUCGUUUCACGCACUUUCUUUUGACGUAUUAGCUUUACGUCCCUGUCUAACAGACGUAAGCAAUGACGUCUUUGUAUUCCCUUUCAUCUCUAUAUAAGAGCAAGAGUUUGCAAUGAAAUAAGGCAGAACGAGUUUGGCCAUAAAAAUUGCCUGUGUACUCUCUCCCUCUAGCUUGCUAGUUUAAGGCUUGGAUCUGCUGAUCCUGGAGGCCACAACCACUUUCAAUAUAAUCAAACGUACGGAGCCCAGCUACAAUCAUCAAGCGAUCAACAAAAAUCUCAGAGUCUCCUCAGGAAAACAAGUCAGGUAUGUCUAAUAAUCCUACCUCAAGUUAUUUUGAUUACUUGAACAAAAACGAUGGCGAAAACUACUUCUUAGAUGGUGUUAUAGACAUUAAGAAAAUUAGAGAAAAAACUAAUUUUACUAUUUCAGAAACUCAAAACUUUAUAACUAAGUCUUUUCUAUCAAAACUCUUUGAUAGAGAAAACAUUAUUAAAUACGGUAAAAUGAUAGGUGAAGUAGCAGUCCCUAUUGAUCAAACUAAGGGCGAUUUUCUGAUCCAAGUAAUAAAUAAAGAAUAGAUUAGAAAAAUAUUAGCUAAACUAAGAUCAGAAGAACGAAAUAAAAUAGCUUAUAUUCAUAUUAGUACAAUUCAUAUUAUAUUAAAAUCAACCAUGAAAAUAGGAAUUGAUGCACCCAUUGAAUUAGAAAUACGUGAUGACAGACUAAUUAACGAAGAAGAAAGCAUUAUUGCCAAAGGAACGGGAAAUUUAGGAGUAGGAAUAAUUAAAUUUGAUAUUAACCUACAACAAGGAUUGAGUCUGGCAGAUGGUAACCUUGACUCUUCUAUCAUUAUAAAAUAUGAAUUAAAAAGAGAAUUUUAUGAAAGAAAAUAGCAAACCAUUUUCAGUAACUUAUCAAAUAAACUAUGCGUUAACAAAUAGUCACCACAGUUUAACCUUCAAAAAUAAAGAAGUAAUCAAUAUAGAGGAUUUAUUUAAACCCAUAAUCCAAUUAGAAGCACCACUAAAAACCGUUAAAAUAGGACCUAGCCGACCAUCGAUAACCCAAGACCAAAGACGGAUGAUUAGAACACAAUCAGAGAGGAUUAGACAUAUCCCAGUAAUUGAACAAAAUCUAGAACAAGAAGAGAUAACCAAUAAUCAAGUAAUAAAUAAGUUGGAGAAAUUGCAACAUUCAAUAACAAAUCUAGAAAAUAAAAUCUAACAACUAUAUAUAUAUGGGGAGUUCUACGGUACCCUGGGUGAAAUCCGUGGUACCGCAUACCUUGAGUAAGAAAGCGCUAUCCAGAACUUGAAUGGACUGAUCUUUCGGACAUGAUACUAUACUCUAAUCCUAAAAGAUCAAAAUCUAGGUCUUAAUUCUCUAAAUCUUAUACCCCAAGAUCAAUUUAAUUAGAAGCAAUAAUCGACGGUUAUGAUUCGUUCAAAUAUAGGCAAAAAAAUCAAUGCACCAUCUUAGGGUUUAUAGUUUAUGAUUUAGAUAAUUAAGACCUAGGGUUCACUCAUUAAGGGUUAGGGUAUACUAUCAUGCCCAAAAAUCCUGCUAAUUCGAGGUCUAGAUAGCGUUUUCAUACUCAAGGUAUGUGGUACCCCGGAUUUCACCCGGGGUACCGUAGAAGGCACCAUAUAUAUAUAUAUAUAUAUAUAUAUACUAUUAUCUAUAAAAUAAAUAUGCCUACUACUUAUCAUAUAAACAAAUAAAUUGAAGGAAUAGAUGCUAUAAAUCUCACCUCAAUAAAUGAUAUCAGUGUAGUCACAGGUGAACUAACUUACUUUACCUCAGAAAUUGUAGAGGAGCAAAUGAGUAUUGGAACCACAGAAACAUUAGAAGAAGCUAUCUCUAAAACCGAAUUAAUUACUGAUAUAAUAACGAGCCUAAAUAAAAUAAAACAAAGAUUGUUAAUGACGAUAUAAAUGUUUGGUAUCAGAGCCCUAGAAGACUAUUUUUGUCCACACUUUUCAUUUGCACAUAUUUCUUGUCUCUUUCUCUUAUUUCUCAUGAGAUAUUGAACUCCACUAAAAGAACUUUUGAAUUUUAUAAUAUUAAACUCUUAGGCGUUGUGGCGCUUGAAGUGCCAAGAGACAGCUCUUAUAUUGCAUUGUCCACGUCAGCCCCUCUUCGAUUUGCCGCAGACUUUGGAGGGACAAAUCAGUCAAUUUGUUCGAUAUUUUCCCACUCGCUCUCUGCCUCCCAAAAUCGCCUCCGGAGUUCCCCUUCUAAACCCACCGCCCACUUCAGCUUUUCUUUCAGACUGGGAAAAUGAGAAUGGAAUAGCAUUUUCAAUCUUCAUAACUGCAUAUUUCUCUUCGCUGCCUACAGAUUUCAGUCCGUUUCUUGAAAAACUAUUACAAUUUCAGUAAGAGAGAUGGCUCUCUAUCUCUCUUUGAAUCUUCCUCUCCUAUCCCUAUCCGUCUCCGAUGUUGUUUCUCGCCGAGUCUAAAACCCCAACAGCAUUUGUGCUCCCCAAGGUAACAAUUCUCAGGAUUAAAAUAUUUGAUUAUGCUGGCUUGGUUGUUCGGGAGGCUCUCUCCCUCGCCGUCUCUCUGUUCCAUCUCCCUAGAUGCUAUUGUGUCUUGCUAACUUUGUUAUCUCGACAGCAGCUGUACCCCAUAUUAUUGAUGGAUUUUGCUGGAAUUUUUCGGUUCCCUUUUCUAUCCAAUCUUCGAUUCUAUUUCCGGCGCCGAAUUGCUAUGGGUUUCGGUAGUUGUUACAGCCCUUGGAUUCGGCACCACAUGUGAUGUAAUACACGAUCAGAAAGUGGUUGGGGAAUGCUUGAAAUUUUUUUCAGUAAUGUGUUCUUUAUUUAAUUGUGAUAAAAAUGUGAUGCUACUUCACUUCCCCGGAUUAUAAUGUGAUUGUGCUUCCAUUCGUGGCUAUGCAACAACUGGCGACUGCAAAGGGUGCAUUUUUUUUUAUGGUCGAGCACCUCUCUCUUGCAUCGGCUAUGUAAUCUUGAGCAUCCCAAUUUGAGCCUACACCGAUUCAAAAAAGCUUUGACAACAGUAAGCCAUGAAACCACUAUCCCUAUCAGCAUUUGGACUACCUCAUGUUUCCCAGAAUCUAAUGAUUUCGAAGAUUUUGUUGCUGGGUUUCAGGUAUGCCAACUUUUAGAUGAACGAAUUCCAUAUUUGUACAUUCCACAACUGCUCAAAGGUUACAUAGAACAUCAUAUAUAUGAAGCCAUAGCACUUGCAUUUAAACCAUCUUAGUCAAAUUGAAUAUAUUUCAUUCGGUGUAAAGUAAUAGUUAUCGAUUAAUUCCCAACAAACUCUUUCAUACUCAAAUCUAUUUCGUUUUAACAUGACAUCCUUUCCAUUUUUAAUUCUGAUGAGUUUAAGCUUUUUAUUUGUCUUAGUUAGGUGAGCCUGAGCUUCAUCACCCCUCCAGACAUGAUCAUUGAUGGGAAUGGCCCUAACACCAAAACUAGGUCUUAUGAUGACCAGAAUGAGAAUGAGAGUGCUAGAAAUGGAUGUGAUGAGGUUUGAUAUUGGUCCUUUGUUGCUUCAUUGAGUUUUGAUAUGGAGUCUGCAUAUUCGAUUGGAAUGGAGUGUACACACCGGCCCCUUCUGUUCCUUUUGAAGAUGUGCAGGGUAGUAGUCUUUCUAAAUAGAGAUGGGACAUUAGAAGUCUGUCUUUGUUGUGUUUAGUGUCUUUUAUAACUGUUUAUUUAUUUAAUAAAAUCACACCACCAUUACAAAAUAAACUGAAACAUUCAUAACUCAAGUACUUAGCUUAUGUGCUCUCAUAUAAUAAUUGUCUGAAAGCUAUAUGGUGUGGGCUACAUUUAUCUUACCCCAUGUUACUUUUUCCUCUACAGAUCCCACUUAAGUUACAUGUUUAUAAAAUGCAUCAUGUCAGUUUCUAACAUCUAAAUGAGGGAAAUCAGAUGACGCGAUAACAAAAUAUGAGAAGCUCCCCAAGCCACCAGCAACAUACUACCGUGCUAAAAGUUGUUGCUGAGAAGUGGGCUUGGUAUGUAGAAUCUAUAUAUCAAUCUAACAUGCUUGAUUGUAGCAACAAUUGAUUGAGACACUAAGUCUUAAGAACCUUGGUGGAACAAUCUUAACAGAGUUGAAAAGGAAACACGUGCUGUCCACUGUGACCCUGAGGAGAAGUAUUAUUGCCAAAAUCUAUGUAGUUAAGGACCACUAUGUGAAGCUUCAAUUUAAUAUUAUGUUUUCAUCUAUGUGAAGUUUAGUAUUAUGUUAAGAAAUGUCUAAUUUUUUAUUCAAACCUUCUUCAGAUUUUUUUAUACUAUCCAAAUUUAUUAAAAUGCUAUUAAUUAGCCAAAUAUUUCAUAAUGCAUCAAAAUAUUAGACAUUUUUACGUUAUUGUUAAUAAUUUUGUAACUCUUUUCUUAGUUAAAAUACUAAAAUUUUGAAAUGUUGACCUUCAUGUGUCUCUUCCAAGUCAGUAUCAUGUUGCCAAGUCAAUUUUACUUACAAAAUUGCUAACUGAAAGUUAACAUUUGGCUAAUUCUUAGUAUUUCGAUAGGUUUGGCUAAUAAAAAAGAAUUUGAAAAAGGUUUCGCUAAUAAAUUGUCAUUACCCUGUUAUGUUUCAUUGAAGUUGAUAUUGAAAGUUUGUUUUAGGUCUUUCCCUUAUGGAUUGUCUUCUUUUGUUCAGUUUCAUUUGUGGAAUACAAUGUGGGAUUUUUCCUUUAAUUAUUUUCUCAUACGUUGGAUAGCUUUACCCUUAUGUAUUGUCUUUUUUGUUUCUCAAGUUUGGUUCAUAACUGCUAAAUCAAUCUUUAGGUUAGUCAAGUCUAAUGUAGCUCUAUUUUUUAUGAAUGAAAACCACUUGCAAGGUUUUGGUGUAUUUUUUAUAUGAUCUAAUUGCUAGUGUUUUAAGACCCAACUUCCAUUUCUCUCUCUCUCUCUAGUUCAAAAAACCUCUACCUUCUUUCUAACUUUCCCCUUUUCCAUUCUUCUGCAGGGGGCCGCCGGCUUCACCUAUGGGUGACCGGCGGCAACCCUUUGCCCCCUUUUACUGUUCUUCUUCAUGUUGUUUCCUCUUCCAACCCCUCAGUGGGUUUCUCCAGUUCCAUUUCUGCUUCUAUCCUAAGUGGAUUUUGCCAUGAACCUCUCUUUUGAGAUGGUUCCUCUUCCACACUUCAGAUCUGGUCAGAUCUUGAGGUCUUCCAGUGUUCAGAGGGAAUUGCUUUUGAGGUUUACAACUUUGUUUUUGACUUUUGGAGCUUUCCUCCUUGCUUUACUCAUUAUGUCGUAGUGAUUCGGUGGAGUUGGCUUGAUGCCUAUGGUUCUACUGUCAAUUGGUUGGUUGUAGGGAUGUUGGCUUUCUUUGAGAACUUGCUGCCCUACGGAUCGUCUGGUGGUUGUCUGGUUUUGGUGGCGUUGGCAUUCGGCGGUGGUUGUUUGUGCGUGGAGUGUUUUGAUUUGUGGUGGUGCAGGUAUGGUGGUUUUGUUCUGUUUGGGAGGUGGUGGCCUUUGUGGCUCGCUGGUGGCUCUUCUUUCUAUUGCAUGGUGUUCCAGUUGCGCGGUUGGUGAUGGUUUUCGAUGGGCUCUGGUUUGUCGACGGUGGUGUUUUUUGUUGUGGGUGUUUUUGUUUUGUUGUGUUGGGGGUGAUUGGCAGUGGUGCUAUGGCUGGCGACGAGAUGGUGUAGGUGAUGGUUGGCGUCUUGGUAGGCGGUAGCUGGUUGGUGGUGUGAAGACGUUGGGUUCUUGGGCAAGGGUUUCUUUUGUUUUGUUUGGUGUGGGCUUGGGUUUUCUCUUUUGUUAUGUUUUCUAUUUUCUCUGUACCGUGUUUGGGCUCCCUUGUAUUCUUAGAAAGAGUCUUCUAUCCUUCCUGGACUUUGGUCCAAACUCUGUAAAACAGUUUCCUAUUUCGUAAUGAAAUUAGGAUUUCAUC